AUGGAUCUAGUCUGGUCGUCUCAGCUUCUGGUCGCGCCUCCACAUCGCGCCCCUAGAUUACCAGGCGACAAAAUCACCUUGCCGCAAUCAGCACUCGAACAGCUCCUAGCUGCCGCCCCGCUUCAAGCUGUCCCCAGCAAUAAUCGUGCGCAUACUUCGACAUUCGACCCAUUUAACCACCACACCUUCGCCGCCGAAUCGUACGCCCGUCAGCAAGUCGAGCAGCGUCAGCAGCAGCUCCCCCACCCAUUAACAUUCCGAAUCGUCAAUCCCCAGAAUGGCCGCUUCAUCUACGCCGGCAUCCGCGAAUUUUCCGCCGAGGAAAGUGAGGUCGCACUAAGUGCACUGCUAAGGGAGUCGCUUGAUAUCAAGGAUGAAGAAUUCUCAGAUAAAGAUGGAGAAGCACAAACUCCCACGUCACCGGAAACCGAAGCGAACCCCCCGCGAAAUGGCCCUGCUGUUACUGUGCAUGCGAAACAGCUACCCAAAGGCACAUACGUCCGUCUGCGUCCACUUGAAGCUGGAUAUGACCCGGAAGACUGGAAGGCUUUGCUGGAAAGAUACCUGCGGGACAACUUCACGACUCUCACGACUGGCGAGCUUUUGACGGUGCCCGGUACGCGGAGCGAGUCGUUUAGGUUCUUGGUCGAUAAAGUGUUCCCCGAGGGCGAAGGGAUAUGUGUGGUGGAUACAGAUCUUGAGGUUGAUAUCGUGGCACUAUCGGAAGAACAAGCUCGGGAAACGUUGCAGAAGAGGCUGGAAAAGUCCACGCGCGCCCCGGGUACGAGCAGUGGCAGUUCUAUCGGUGGUGUCCUCGGCCUCGGAGAGGAUGUCACAGCUCAGGUCUUACCUGGGGAAUAUGUGGAUUAUGAGGUUCGAGACUGGAACCGGGAGGAUACCAUCCAGGUUGAGGUACACACGGACGAUCCGGAUCUGAGUCUCUUCGGUAGUCCUUUUGCUCCCCGCCAACGAGGUCGUCCGAGGGCGGAUAUGCAUGUCUGGGGUGACUUUUCAGGCCAGUCACCUAAGAAGUUCCAGCUGCGGCCUACGAAUGUGGCCUUGGAAGGCGCCGAGGCCCUCUAUAUUUCAGUUCAUGCCGAUUCUGCGAACGAUGAAUCAUCCAAGUUGCCGGAGAAGUCGCCUUCACAGUAUCAUAUUCGGAUUACAGUGAAGUCAUCUAACGAGUCAUCUAAUGUUUCUGAUUCAACGGAGCAAGCGGGUGAGUCCCACGAGCCGGGCGAUGUACAGUGCAAAAACUGCCAGCAAUGGGUUCCUGAGCGAACACUCGUUCUGCACGAGAACUUCUGUCUCCGGAAUAACAUCCUUUGUCCAAAGUGCCAGACUGUGUUUCAAAAGCGAUCUACAGAAUGGCAGAAUCACUGGCACUGUCCUCACGACUCUGGUCAUGGCAACGACGCUCCCAGCAAAGAAAAACAUGACACUAUUUUCCAUGAGAUUCAUCAGUGUCCCGACUGUGAAUUGGCCCUGGAAGGACUCCCAGCUCUUGCCCAGCACCGCACCAGCGACUGUUCAGGAAAGCUGAUUCUCUGCCAAUUCUGCCACCUUCUCGUACCACAGAAAGGCGAUUCCGAUCCCGAUUUUCACGAUCCUGAGGUAAUGCUUUCCGGUCUCACCCCGCACGAAUUGGUAGACGGAGGGCGCACUACCGAAUGCCACCUCUGCAACAAGAUCAUCCGACUCCGAGACAUGAAUACCCACCUCCGCCAUCACGAACUAGAACGCCUAUCUCGGCCCGCGCCUCGCACAUGCUUGAACCAGAACUGCGGCCGUACAUUGAACAAUGCCGGGAACGACUCCCUGGGUCUAUGCAAUUUCUGCUUCGGUCCUUUAUACGUGGACACCCACGACCCAGAAGGCAAAGCUCUACGGCGCCGCAUUGAACGCAAAUACCUGUCCCAGAUGAUGACUGGCUGUGGCAAGCCCUGGUGUCAAAAUGAGUACUGCAAGACGGCGAAACAGAAAAAGGCAGAUGCAUCUGUUCCUCUGGCGGCCAUGGCUGUGGCUGAUAUCAUGAAGGUCACGCGGCCGCUUGUUGAAGGACUCAACACUAAGCCUGAUGUGCCAAACACGGCACCUUUUUGGUUCUGCGCCGAUGAGACAAGUCAACAUCGUCGGACCUUGGCCGAAUUGAUUGCUGCUGAAAGUGCAGGCAUGGAGGGCAAGGGAUAUGACCUUGCGUGGUGUAUUGCAGGAGCUGAGGCUGCAAGUGGUGAUCUGGAGAAGACAAGAGAAUGGCUAUGGAAAUGGGCUCCGACGAAAAACUAA